AUGUCUGGAGAAGAGGGGUCUAAAUCCGCUUCCGUCGCUGGAAAUGCUAUGAAAAAGCCGGGCUAUACAAAUCCAGCUUUCAAGGCCAUGGGUAUCCCCCCAUUGAGACUUCCAUCUAGGAACUGGAUGCUCUUUUGGACUGUGUUGACAGUCUCUGUUUCAGGUAUUGUCUAUGAUAAGCAUCAACAAAAGAAAAUUACGCAGAAGUGGUGCAAGGUUGUUGAACCUCUCUCUCAGCGCAAGUUAGCGGUGCACGAAAAGCCCAGGAAAAUCACUGUCUUUAUAGCUCCUCCUCCAAGUGAUUAUCUUGAUACGAGUAUGGGCAUCUGGAGACGUUACGUCAAACCGGUAUUAUAUUCGAGCGGUGUGGACUACGAAGUCUUUACAGAGGAAAAACAGGGUUUGAUUCGUGUUGAGGUUGCUGAACGCAUACGAGAGUUGAGAAGGGAACUCAUCAAGCAUGAAGCAGAACUGAGGCGUUAUGAAGAAGAGGCCAAACUUUGGAAUCGGUGCAAACGGGCGCUAUCACAGGGCCUGAAUCAGUUGAAAUCAAAGGAAGAGAUCGACGAAGAAAAAGAAAAAUUGUUAGCACUAAAGUUCAAGGCCGAAUUUGAUUACAAAAACUUACUCGGAGUUUUUCUGAACAAUCCUCGCCGCGAUCUAGAGGUUGUCAGCGAGGAUGCACUUGUAUCGAAUCCUACGAUGGCGGGUGGGGUCAUCUGCAUUGGUAGAGGUGCAUACAAAGAAUAUAUGGACGGUCUACACGAGGGGAUUUUGGGGCCACUAAGCCCUGCAAAGGAGAAUUCCUCCCCGAAAGAAGAGGUAUCGCAGUCAGCCAGUUUAGUGGAUCAUGAGCUUGAGACAGAAGAGGUUACAAAGCCACUAGAGGACAGUACCCCCGCACCAACUUCGAUAGAGAGCACAAAAGACGAGAUUACAGCAGAGAAGACGGAUAGCGAAACCACGGAAUUACCCAAGCCAAUACCUAAGCCUUAUAUUAGCCCUGAAGACUAUGCUCAGGCCAAAUUACCCAAGGAACUUACAUCUGGAGGCACCAUACGGGAGUUUGGUAGUGACGUCCCUGCUAUUUUUCAUCAGCCGGUACUCGUGCUCCCUAUGCCCAAUCUCGUAGGUUUUCUGAAUAUUCCAGAGCGUAUCUACCGAUUUUACAGAAGGCGUUAUGCUGCUGAAGCUUUUUGUAAGGCCACCAGUAGUUGCGUUCUGCAAAAAAUAAGACCAUUCGAGCCGAGUAUGGAUCUAGACUUAGCAAAGUUUGAAGAAAAUGAUUGGCCUAAGAAAUGGAUCAAAGAGGGAGAGUCUAAAGGCAGUGAAUGGGUUCGGGAGUUAAAAGGCGACGAUCGUGUACUGAGCAAGCUAAGCGUCUUUGAGCCCUCGUUGACUGAAAGCACGGACUUUAAGGAUGAAUAG